GAUCGAGUGCAGGCUCGACCCAGAGGCAGGUCCAUUUGCCCUGAGCUCAAGUUGCCCCCGUGUUGCGAAAUCUAACCUCAACCCCCCUCAUAGAAGAAUUUCUACAUCUGACCUCUUUAGCGCCUACUGAACAUUAUUUUUUUUCUACAUCGCAAUCUUGGUAGCCCUAUCUAACGCCUGAUUAGGACAUGUACAAUCCCCUGGGGUGGGACGAUCUCUUCUUGCAUCAACAAGGCCGGGAAGAACCGGUCAUGAAGGCGUAGCCUCAAUUCCUUGCGUACGACGGGUUUCAACCAGUCGAUCGGAACGCUUCAACGCCAGCAUGGACUCCCGUCAGCCUCCGAUGCAUCGGGCGUUCAUUGCCUUCGGGAGCAAUGUCGGAGACCGAGUGGAGAUGAUCGAGGCUGCCUGUCGCGAGAUGGAGCGAGCGAGUAUCCGAAUCAAAAGAACAAGCUCACUGUUCGAGACAGCCCCGAUGUACGUGCUCGAUCAGGAUCCCUUCAUCAACGGAGUGUGCGAGGUAGAAACCAGCCUAAGCCCCUUGGAGCUACUCGACACCCUGCAAUCCAUCGAGAUCGGUCUGGGCAGGAAGAAGCUCAUCGACAAAGGGCCCCGGUCUAUCGACCUGGACAUUCUUCUAUAUGACCAGCAGAUCGUCUCCCAUGAACGUCUCAGCAUCCCGCAUCAAUUGAUGCUGGAGCGGGACUUUGUGCUUCGCCCAUUGAGCCAGUUGAUCCCCCAUGAACGACCCCCCUUUCCCGGCCACUACACGACCUACCUCUCCCACCUCCAAUCCCUCCCUCCACCCAGCCCCUUCCCCAUCGCCACCACCCCCAUCUCGCCCUUAUUCCCCGCCAUCCACUCCACGGCCGCUGACCGCCGCACACAUAUAAUGGCGAUACUCAACCUCACGCCCGACUCCUUCUCCGACGGGGGGAAACACUCGCCGCAGGACCUCGACGCGCUAACCACGACGGUGCGAGCGAUGAUCGCCUCCGGCGCAACAAUCAUCGACAUCGGCGGCGAGAGCACUCGGCCGGGGUCCUCGCCCGUCGGCGAAGCAGAGGAGCUGCGGCGUGUGGUGCCGGCGAUCCGGCACAUCCGCACAGCGAUCCCGGAGGCAGCCGGCGUGGCGCUGAGCAUUGACACGUACCGGGCGCGGGUGGCCGAGGCGGCCAUUGCGGCGGGGGCGGACAUCAUCAACGACGUCUCGGCCGGCCUACUGGACCCGGACAUGCUGCCCACGGCCGCGCGCACCGGCGCCGCCAUCAUCCUCAUGCACAUGCGCGGCACGCCCGCCACCAUGACCAAGUUAACCGACUACCCGGCGGGAGUCAUCCAGGAGGUCGGGAGUGAGUUGCGCGCCCGCGUCGCCGCCGCCGAGGCCGCCGGUGUGCGCCGCUGGCGCAUCAUUCUCGACCCCGGGCUGGGAUUCGCCAAGAACGAGCCCCACGAUCUAGCCAUCCUGCGCGACCUGCCCCAGCUGCGCACCGCCGUGGAGGGCCUCGAGUACUUCCCCUGGCUGAUGGGGCCGAGUCGCAAGCGCUUCAUCGGCCGCCUGACGGGCGUGACCAAGGCGAGUGAGCGCACCUGGGGCACGGCCGCCACCGUCACCGCUAGUAUCGCCGGUGGCGCGGAUAUCGUGCGGGUCCAUGAUGUGAAGGAGAUGUGGCAGGUCGGGAGGGUGGCCGAUGCCAUCUAUAGGGGUGCCGUAUAG